AUGAUUAUUAAUGAGAAUUCAAUUUCAAGUAGAGUAUUGUUUUCUUUAGUUGACAAAUCUAUCUAUGUCAAAAAUCAACCCCCUUAGUAGAUUGCAAUAACUAAGGAUUCAUCCAUUUUAGCAUUAGGGGUUAAAGACUAGAUGUUAAAAUUUUAUUAAAUGAAAAACUUGAAAAUGAUCUCAUAACAUAAUAUUCAAUCAACUUGGAUUUAUCAAUUGGAUGUAGCUAAACAAUCUAAUUAAUUCAUAGCAACAUUAGAGAAAAAUAGAAAAGAUAUCAUCUAAUUCUAUUCAAUAGUUAAUUUGAGCUGUUGUAAGCGACUCUAUGAAAUUCGAAUAAAUUUGCUUUAUUCAAUAAAACUAAGUUAUGAUGAAAAUUUAAUCAUAAUUGGAGGAUCUGAUUCAAUUGUUUUAUUUAAAAAAAAAUUAACAAUUUGGUAAAAGAUUUAAUCAAUAGAAUUGCCAAAUUGUUAUGCAAAGGAUUUAGAUAUAAAUAAAGAAUCCUCUAUUUUAAUAACUCUAUCUGAGGAAUCAAAAAAACUAUUUAUACUUAAUCAGUCAGACUUAAAAUGGGAAAUAGCUUAGGAAAUAAAAAAUAAGGAAUUUGGGAAAAAACUGUGUUUUAUUACUAAUGAAUCAUUCAUUGUGACUUUACAAUGGAGUGAUAUUCUUGUUUAUAAAUUCAACACAAUAGAAUUAAAGUUUUAGAUGACUAAAUAAAUCUUAAUUUAGAAGUAUGAAUUAUUGGAAUGCAAAUUCUUACAGUUUAUUCAAUCAAAAUAUUUACUCGUUCAUUAACAUGGUUAUUAUUCGAACUUAAUUCAAUUUAAAGACCAAGAAUUAAAUACAGUGGAAUAGAAAUGCAAUAUCGAAUAGGGAUCUAUUAGAUUAGUUUAAAUCAGCGAUGAUGGGAAUUAUUUAGUUACAGUUAAUCGGGAUAAUCAACUUGAUUUAAGAAGAUAAAUUCAUCCCAGUUUCAAUUUUAAUCUUGUUCAUUCUUAUCCUUAAAUUAAUUAACCAACAGGGAUGAUAACUAAUUAUGAUGCAUCAAUAUUGGUAAUAACAUAUGAAGGAUAGUUUCAAGUAUUAAAGAAGGAUUGUUAAUAAUUUAAUGUAAUUCAAACAACAAAUAUGUAAGGUUUAAAUUGUUCUAGCUUAUAUUUUAUGAAAAACUCUGAUCAAUUUAUAAUGGGUAGCAUAGAUGAUGAAAUAACAAUUUGGCUUUGGAAUUCAAUCGAAUAGCAUUACUCACAAUAAACCAGAAUAAUUGGCCCAUCAUUCUAAAUCAUUAUGAAUCAGACCGAGGAUUUAUUAAUUUUUGCAAAAGAUCGGUAUUUAACUUUUUGGGAAAAGAUGUAGGAUGGAUUUAGCAAAUUUUAGACAUUAAGGAAAUCUGAAUAUCUAUUUUCUUAGUUAAGUAUAAAUGAAUCUGGAACAAAACUAUGUGCAGUUUAAUAUGAUUUCUCUAUUGUUAUUAUUAUUUAAGAAGUUGAUUAGAAAUCGAAAAGAAAAUGGAGGUUUCAUUCUAAAAUUAAAAUAGAGGCUAUUGGAAUCUAAUCUUCAUUUCUUACAGAGACAAAACUCUUGAUAAAAUAAAAGAACGUAUCAAUUUUAGAUCUAUAUGAACUUAACAAUCAUAAUAAUUAGCUUAUUAAAAUUAAAUAAACUUAAUUAAUUUAGAAUAAUCAUGUAAGUUAGACUUAUGAUAAUUUUCAGAAAAUAUAAUUGCAGUUUAACAAGUUAAAAUCUAUUUUAGUAAUUUAAAAUAAUAAUGAAAUUUACCUUGCUGAAUAUGAUCAAAGUAGUAAUAUAAUAAUAAACUAUAUUAUUCAACAAGUGGAUUAUUAUAGUUUAUGCGACAAUGGGAAUUUUUUGGUUACAUUUAACAAAGAAAACAACCAUUUAAAUGUUUUUUAAAUUCUUACUAAAUGA